AUGGAUUCUGAAACGAGAGAUAUGGUGAAAUGCUGUGAUUUUGGUUGUGAUUAUUCUCUUGGGGCAUGUUCUUCAGAUUCUUGGAAUAGAACGGUGAAAAGAAAGUUUAACGAAGGGAACAACAACAUGGUGUUGUUAAGAGGCUCUUCUGAUUCAUCUUCUUCGAAUGCAAAGGUACUAGUUGAGAAUGAAUGUGCUGCUUUGCUUGAGGCUCUUUCUAAGCAAAGAGAAACAGUGAAAGAUCUUCACUUGGAGCUUCAAGAAGAGAGAAACGCGGCUGCAUCAGCUGCGAAUGAGACUAUGUCGAUGAUACUGAGGUUGCAGAGAGAAAAAGCUGAGAUACAGAUGGAAGCUCGGCAAUUCAAAGCGUUUGCUCAAGAGAAAAUGUCGCAUGACCAUGAAAGGCUUUCGGCUCUGGAGGAGUUGUUGUAUGAGAAAGAGCAAGCUAUUGAGGCCUUGACUUACGAGGUCGAAGCUUAUAAGGAUAGAUUGUUGAGCUAUGGGUUAACUGAAGCAGAGAUGAAUGAUCAGAUACUUGGUUUUGGCAGAGACUCUAGCACGGUCGGUAUUGAUGUUUACCCGUGCGAUUAUACUACUUUGAAUUGUAGUGUGGAUGAGAACCCGAGCGGACCAGAUGGUAAUGUUGAGGUUGUUGAAAAGGUGAUAGUUGGUCAAUCUCCAAGAUGGCCGUAUUAUGAUCCAAAUUCGCCUCUAGGAACCGCAAAAGAAAUAAAGGGGACUGUUUUCUCAGACUCUCCUAGUAGCGACAGAGUUUAUACUAUCGACUCAAUUCAUGUGGGAGUUUCUGAACUUAAGAUUGACGAUGAGCCUAGUAUGAUGAGUAAAGGAAAAUUGAAUGGUGAUCAUUGGAAUUCUCCGAGAUACCAAGAACCAGUCAUAACUACGCAAGGAGUUAACGAGCCAGAUAUCAAGAAGCUUUACACAAGGCUUCAAGCACUUGAGGCAGACAGGGAAUCACUGAGACAGAUCAUUGUAUCGAUGCGGACAGACAAAGCUCAGUUGGUGUUGCUGAAAGAAAUUGCACAACAUUUAUCAAAGGAAACUGUAACAACAAACAGGCAAAACACGGUUAGCAAAAUGCAAUCUUUUAAAGCAUUCUCUUUAGUAACGGUCUUCAAGUGGAUUGUCUCUUUCAUUUCUUGGAAAAGGAAAGCCAAGCGAAACAAGUAUGUCUACGAUUUAUCAGCAAAUAAUAUGGGAACGCUUAUGAUUCUCGGCGAGGGAUCUCGAACUCGAAGAUGGGAAUGUUUAACAAGUUCACAUGUCUAA